GUUGUGCCUUAGCUGGAAUAACUAGCCAGCUGGCAUUUACGAGGCGAAGCUGCUAAAAAGAGGGACAACGGCAUCCUUAUGGAACGAGGCUCUCUCUGUGGGAAAGGGAUCUGUUGGUGACCUCUUUCGAGAGACAGUUUGGACCUAAACACUGUGACCAAAACCCCAAAGGUGACAUAUUUGACUAAGCACAGAGCACUACAUUCAAGAACACAUCUUGAGCAACAAAGCCAGCCAUGAGCAGUCACGAGCCUGAGGUGUACACGGUGGCACCGGAGAUGCCAGCCAUGUUCGAUGGGAUGAAGCUGGCAGCUGUUGCCACUAUCCUCUACAUCAUCGUCCGGUGCUUGAACCUGAAAAGCCCCACAGCUCCUCCUGACCUCACCUACCAGGAUACGCCGCUCCACCGCUUCCUUCUCAAGUCCUGCCCCAUUCUGACCAAAGAAUACAUUCCUCCUCUGCUGUGGGGGAAGAGCGGCCACAUGCAGACUGCCCUGUACGGGAAGCUCGGACGGGUGAGCUCACCACACCCUGUCAGCCUGCGCAAGUAUCUGCCCAUGCAGGAUGGUGCCACGGCAACCUUUGACCUCUUCGAACCCUUGGCAGACCAUCAGAGUGGAGCCGACGUCACCAUGGUGAUUUGCCCAGGGAUUGGGAACCACAGCGAGAAGCACUAUAUCCGCACGUUUGUGGAUCACUCGCAGAAGCAGGGCUACCGUUGCGCUGUGCUCAACCACCUGGGGGCCUUGACCAACAUCGAGCUCACCUCCCCUCGCAUGUUCACAUAUGGCUGCACAUGGGAGUUCGCGGCUAUGGUUGGCUACAUCAAGAAGACGUACCCCCAGACCCAGCUCGUCGUGGUGGGCUUCAGCCUCGGAGGUAACAUCGUCUGCAAGUUCCUGGGCGAGAACCGUGCCCACCAGGAGCAGGUCCUGUGUUGUGUGAGCGUGUGCCAGGGCUACAGCGCACUCAGGGCUCAGGAGACCUUUUUGCAGUGGGAUCAAUGCCGCCGUUUCUAUAACUUCCUUAUGGCUGACAACAUGAAGAAGAUUAUUCUGUCCCACAGGGGCAGCCUGUUUGGGGGAGGUUCCCCCAAGAUGGUGGACGCAGACCUGAGACGCCUUUAUACUGCCACUUCCCUCAUGCAGAUUGAUGACAUCAUCAUGAGAAAAUUCCAUGGACACAGUUCCUUAAAGGAGUACUAUGAGAAGGAGAGUUGUGUGCAUUACAUUCACAACGUCAAUGUUCCACUGCUGCUGGUGAACUCUGGAGAUGACCCUCUAGUGCACGAGUCUCUUCUCACCAUCCCGCGCACGCUUGCAGAAAAGAAGGAGAAUGUGAUUUUCGCCCUGACGCUGCAUGGCGGUCACUUGGGCUUCUUCGAGGGUGCUGUUCUCUUCCCACAGCCCCUAACCUGGAUGGACAAGGUCAUUGUGGGCUACGCCAAUGCCAUCUGCCAGUGGGAGAAACAGAAGCCACCGUGCCAAGGCCAGGACGGGCAUCCCGCAGAGAGUGCUUGUUCGGACAAGACAUCCUAACCUUUGACCUGACCUUCCCUUUCAGUUUACGCCCACGCACCACCAAACAUAUAGACCCUUCUGACCUCUCACCCCCUCACUUGCACAGAAAUCUUCGAGACAUUUGCGAAAUCCAGACAUUUUCUGAAGACUACACAUGAAUAUGGACACGAGCACACAGACAUUUCAGAGUAGGACAAAAAUAACAAUGAUGACCAAAGAAGGGCAGAAGCACCGAGGGCUCCUUCGUGGACACAAAUGGUCUAUAGCGAAGUUUAAAUAUGUCGAUAAAAGCACUGGCCCUCGUCGAACCGUGCCAUGUGGAAGGGAGGACAGGGAUUUAGAGCGGAAAGCCCAGAGCGCAAGAGUCGGCUGCUGCAGAUCAAUGCUGCGCACCACAUGGUACACAACACGCAGAGCACUAGGGAAGGAUCGUUAUGCAGGCACUGUGUGCUUCCAGCCAGGACAGACUGCUGGUGCCUGGGUCACCUCAUUGGUUGGGUACUCCGCUGUGCCGUUAAUCCUGCCCACUGGUCUCAAUGGAUCCCAGCAGCAUUCACAUCACAAAUUAUUGUUUAUUAUUUAUAUUUAAUUAUUGGUAAUUGGACACAAAUUGUGUACCAAAUGGGAAAAACCAGCUCAACCCCACAGGUAAAACAUUUAAAUACAAAGUCCUUUUUAAAUAGUUUUUUAUUCAAAGCAUUUUUUUUUUCUUUCGCUUUUGCCAUAAUGUUUAUUCGGUUUUUCAGCAGGCAUUUGUGGUUGGAAUAGUGACCAGCUGGUGGUCAAAAUGAAGCAAGUGAACUGAAUGGGGGAGAGAGAAGUCCAAAUGUGAGCUGAAUGCCUCCAUCCUUUCAGUUUACCAAAGCCUGCUGCAUUUUUUUUUCUUCUUCUUAAGAUGAGCUGCCAUAUGGUUCUCCAUCGUUUGAGAUGUGGAUCAAAGAUCUUUUUAUGUCAGCAUUUCCAGAAAAGUGGGGGAUGUGCCUUGCACUGCUAAGUGCUGGUGACACUGUCCUUCUGAAAUGCAGUAAUGCAGUUUAACUCAGCACUGUAUCUGGGGAGCCAGCAGGAGGCGCAAGUACGCAUUUGAGCCGCACUGCUGUGAAAGGCCUCGUUACAAGCAUGGGGCCCUUGAUUCCUACUGCCUUUGACAUGUGCAAUGUGCUUGAUAACAAGGUGUCGUCUUUGUACCCAUUAUCUCUUGUAAUAGGAAGGGGAGGGUGAACUGUUUAUAUGAAUUCGAUACUGUAUGUGACCAUUUUUUUUUGCCAUAGUUGUCUCAGUGGAAGAGGAACGGAAGUUUAAUUGUAUGGUCGUAUUAAUGGAUGUCACCUGGUUUCAGGGCAAGUUGAGGGAGUGGUGUAGCUUUAGCCAAGAAAGCACCAAAUGAUUUCACUUCAACUUUGCUAUUACCGACCUGAGAGUUUGUUUAUCAUUGCCCUGAGGGAGACUUCAUAGUGGUUCACCAAGAUGUUGGUUAUAAGUAAUUGCUAUGCAGGCUGUUAUGAUUGUAUGGAUAUUUUUCGUUUCUUGGCCUUCUAAGGUCAGUCAUUUGGGUAUGGAGAAACUGUAUGCAGAAUUAAUAGAUAAGUGUCCAUUAUGUAAUUGCCCUCGUGUUGUGCCGUGUCCUUGUGAUCAUUCACCUUGUUUCUCACAAUAUCAGCUUAGCUGGUUAUUUGCUCAUGUCCCAUCCAUCUGCUUAGUUCUCACUUCAUAUUUCUGCUUGGCUUGAAUGAGGUCAGGUGGGAUUACUGCGAUAUGCAUCUAACAAUAUGUGCAAAUUACAAAUUUAUGUUGGGUUGUUUUUUUUUUUUUGACAAGACAACUGCUUGCUGUAAUUGACCUUUGUAGAGGGUUUGGGGUCUCAUGCUGUGUGUGUGUGUGUGAGAGAGGGAGAGAGAGAACAGAAUUUCUUUUUCAUUGAACAACCUUACAUUGUAUAUCUUUUUUUGGGGGGGGGGGGUUCUUGGGACUGGGCACAUCAGUUUGUUCAUGCAGUGCUGAAAUGUCUCAGGGACUGAGAACUCCAUUUCACUCUGUCACUUGAUUCAGAACUACAUCUGCCUUUUUUUGCACAAAAUGCAGGUAUAUGUAUCUCCUUGAGGAACUGUUAUAGUUAGCUUCAUUUUUAUUCUUGUUUUAUAUAUGUUUAUUUUUCUCAUUACUGCUUCAUUAUAACUGCAAAAGGGUGUAUGUUGAUCAUAGCACCACCUUUUGUUCUGACAACCAAAUCAAAAUAACAAUCUUUAAAAAUAUUUAGUAGAUAUUUGAUUUAGGAACUAGGGGAUUUUUGAACAAUAUUGUUAGCAAUAAUGUCCCAUGUUUCUCUUUUCUCCAUGCC